AUCACACUUUAAUGACGUCAUCAACACAAACAAAAAUAUCACAAGGAAUCUUUUUUCAGAAUAAUAUUUUAUUUAUCUAAUUUGCAACAGGUGUAAGAGGCAUACUAUCAAAGCAGUUCUAAUAAUUUGAGUUCUUGUUCGUCUGUUCUUCAGAAGAGAUUUUGAUUUAAAUCUCUCACGAUGCCGUUAGAAUGGUUAUUUGGACGAAAGAAAACUCCAGAGGAGAUGUUACGGCAGAACCAAAGGGCACUGAAUAAAGCGAUGAGAGAUUUAGAUCGAGAAAGACAAAAGAUGGAACAACAAGAGAAAAAAGUUAUAGCAGAUAUACGAACAAUGGCUAAAAAGGGACAAAUGGAUGCUGUUAAAAUUAUGGCUAAAGAUUUAGUUCGUACAAGAAGAUACGUGAAGAAAUUUAUAGCCAUGCGUGCCAAUAUUCAAGCUGUAUCAUUAAAGAUUCAAACCUUAAAAUCUAACAAUACAAUGGCGCAGGCCAUGAAAGGUGUCACAAAAGCCAUGCAAACCAUGAACAAACAGUUAAAAUUACCCCAGAUUCAAAAGAUUAUGAUGGAGUUUGAGAAACAAUCAGAGAUUAUGGAUAUGAAAGAGGAGAUGAUGAGUGAUGCUAUUGAUGAUGCUAUGGGGGACGAAGAUGAUGAAGACGAAAGUGAUGCUGUUGUAUCUCAGAUAUUUGAUGAACUAGGUUUACAAAUGGCUGAUGAUUUAAACAAUCUUCCACAAACUGGUAAAUCGCUAGCAGCAACUGGGGGCCCUGCUAAACAAGCUGUUCCAGCAGGACCAGUUAGUGAUGCAGAUGCUGAUCUUGAGGCACGGUUAGAGAAUCUACGACGUCAGUGAGAAGGGAGAUAAUAGCUAAAACCAUAAACAUUUAAAAAUAUGAAUGACAUGUCUUUCAUAUCUGAUUCAUUCGCUGAAUUAAACAUGCCCUGUACUUCAUUUAUUUUCUUGCAAUAUUUUUUUUUUUUAUUUUUCUAAUAUGAUGAUUACUUUAAAAACUGUCAACUAUUUGGAUAAUUUUACACUUGCCAUGUAUAAAUUUAAUACCAAUCAUGACCAGAAUUAGUAUUGGUAACAUUUAUUUUAUUAUCAUGUAGUUAUAACACAGGAAUCCCAGGCGUAGAGAAGAAUCUGUAGAGUCCUUUACCUACUUCUCCAGGAAAUACAACACCUACUUGGCUAACAAGUAUUUGGAUUUCAGUGCCUGUCCUGAAUUUUCCUUCAUUGACCCAUGGGCAGGGUUGUCCAUAAAGGGGUUGUCUGUUUAUUCAGUAAACGUAAUCACCUUGAGAGAUAAAUUAUGAUUUAGAUCAGUUUUAAAUUUUAACAGUAUACCAUAGAAAACAAAAUAUCUUGUGUGGUCUCAAUGUGGUGUGUUGAUGAGGCUUUUAUUAGAAUAUUAUAAUAUGUAUUUCUGGAUAUCUUUACAGAAUGUUAUUCUGCAGAGACAGGAUACUUGUUUUGGGGAUGGUGGGGGGGGGGAGUUAUUACUGUUUUUGUAAAAUGUAGUGCUAGCUAAUUUAACAAAAUGCUUAAUCAGUCUUUGAUAUUAUUUAUUGAAUAUUUUGAUCGUAUUGUGCUUGUUGUCUGUUUUACUGUUCAGCAAAGAGUUUUGUUAAUGGUCUAGUAUAAAUUAAAAUUAUAUUGCCAUCAAAUUUUUUUUAUACAGUGUGCUGUUAAAACUGAUGAAAUGUCAGUACUAUUAUAAGAUAUCUUAGACUUUAGACAUCAAUCAUCGAGAAUACUGUUUUUAGUAUAUUUAUAGGCCAUAAAUAAGUCACACAGAUGCUUGUCUGGUGCUGGUUUUAAGCGAAUUUCUCCUAGUAGGCACCCUCAAUUAGUCUUGUCAAUUAAACCUGCCUCCAUUUUACUCAACCAUACCUUGGGUGUGCUGUGAACCUAGGGGCAUGCCAAAAAUAAUUGGGCCCUAAGGCCAGCUCCAUGCUUGUUUAUGUAAAUUGAAAGUAGAAGUUGUUAUAUUCAUCUUUUCUUUUUUUAACUCACACCUAUGGGCCAAUAUUAUAGUAAACCACAAGUAACUUAGAAUAAUCCAUCAAAUGACAUGGAAAUUCUAAUUUAACUUGAAGUAACUCCUGUCAUUUUAACACCCCAUUGGUGUGAAUAAUCACCCUUGAAGUUAUAAUUUGAUGGCAAUUGUUAUUUGUUCUUAAUGUAUUUUGGAGGUUUAGUAUUGUGAAAACUCAUUUCUUUUGUGUAUCUAAAUUUAUUUGUUAAUCUUCAUAAUAGUGUAUGUUGUGGAUUUACUCACAUAUGUAAUUGUAUGUGUUACAGAAUGGAGCCACCAAUCAGAACAUCAUGCUAGAUUUCAACCACUCUCAUAAAUAUAUUACAACUGGAAACAAGAAAACAUAAGGUUUAUUAGAUUUGUUUACCACAUAUAUUGACAAAAGAUGGCUAUACAAAUGAUUUUCUUAUCAGUGACCUCACAGAGAUAAGAUAAUAAGAGAAUAUAUUGAGAUUCAGAGUAUUAAACUUUCUGCGAAAAUUAAAGUCUUUUUUUUAUUAGAACAUGUACAUACUGAUAAAUUGUAAAUAGUUUGUAUGUAAAAUAAUCUCUCUGUUUUAUAUAAAUGACAAUAAAUGAUCUAUCAUAUAUAAAUGUUU